ACAGCUUUUGAAUCCCAGAAAACAAGAAUGAAUUUCAUGAUUUUUUUUUUCAGGAACCAAACAGUGCUUACUUAUGUUGACUUUUUUCAAAAACAUUUUACUAUCUAAUUUUGGACUCAAUUAUAAACUUUUUGUUUCUUUUCUUUCUUUUUUGGUAAAGGGGUGUCUCAAUAAAAUGAUAUUUAUCUUAGGACACCGCCUACGAAGCAUGAACACAGUCGCAUACACCAACACUGACACAAAUAAUAAUGUGAAAGAGUGUACCAAGAUGAUUGAAAAAGUUGAAAAGCUUGACAUGGAAAAAGUGAUAGAAAAUUUUGAGAGAUUAACAAAGGAUGCUGAGAAAGUUCAAAGGGAAACACUGAAGAGGAUUUUGGAAGAAAAUGCAUCAGCUGAAUACUUGCAGAAUUUAGGACUUAAUGGAAGAACUGAUCCAGAAAGUUUCAAGGCUUGUGUUCCAUUGGCUAUUUACAAAGAUUUGGAGCCUUAUAUCAAUAGAAUGGUUGGUGGUGAUGUUUCUCCUAUUCUCACUGGAAAACCAAUCACUGCAAUUUCUUUAAGUUCUGGUACUAGUCAAGGGAAGCAAAAGUUUAUACCAUGGAAUGAUGAAUUGUUUGAAACCACAGUUCAGAUAUAUCAAACCUCUUUUGCCUUUAGGAACAGAGAAUUUCCUAUCCAAAAUGGCAAGGCCUUAAGCUUCAUCUAUAGCAGCAAAUCAUCACAAACAAAAGGGGGUGUGACAGCAGCAACAGCAACAGCCAAUGUAUUCAAAAAUCCAGGAUACAAGCAUGCAAUGGAAUUACUUAAGUCUCCUAGUGUCAGUCCAGAUGAAGUGAUAUUCAGUCCAGAUUUUCACCAAACACUCUACUGUCACCUCUUAUGUGGACUACUUUUCCGAGAUGAAGUUCAAUUAGUUUCAUCAACAUUUGCAUAUAGCAUAGUCUAUGCUUUUCGAACCUUUGAACAAGUUUUCGAUGAACUUAUUACUGAUAUCAAAGAAGGUGUUCUUAGCAGUAGAAUCACACAUCAAUCCAUUAGAACUGCUAUGUCAAAAUUGCUGAAACCAAAUCCUGAACUAGCUAACUUGCUCCACAAGAAAUGUAUCGGAUUAAGCAAUUGGUAUGGAUUGAUACCAGAGCUUUUUCCAAAUGUUAAAUAUGUUCAAGGGAUUAUGACAGGUUCAAUGGAAGCUUAUUUGAAAAAGCUGAGACACUAUGCUGGAGAUAUUCCUCUGUUGACUUCUGAAUAUGGUUCUUCUGAAGGUUGGAUUGCUUCAAAUGUUAAUCCUAAAGUGGCUCCUGAAUUUGCUACUUAUGCUAUUCUUCCUCAAAUUGCUUAUUUUGAAUUCAUUCCUUUGACACAACUUGAUGGAAAUGAGGUUGAGCUAAAGCCAGUUGGAUUAACUGAUGUGAAGAUUGGUGAAGAGUAUGAGAUUUUAUUCACCAAUCCUGCAGGCUUAUACAGAUAUAGGCUAGGAGAUGUGGUAAAGGUUAUGGGUUUCCAUAACUCAACUCCAGAAAUCAAGUUUCUUCGCCGGAGUAACCUUUUGCUCACAAUUAAUAUUGAUAAGAACACAGAGAAUGAUCUACAACUAUCAGUGGAAGCCGCAUCCGAGUUGUUAGCUGGAGAGAAAAUGGAAGUGAUUGAUUACACUAGCUACAUCGAUUUAUCCAAAGAACCAGGACACUACGUUAUCUUCUGGGAAAUCAGUGGUGAAGCGAGUGAUGAAGUGUUAGGUGAAUGUUGCACAUGUUUGGACAAGUCUUUUGUUGAUCUUGGUUACAUAAGUUCUAGAAAAUCCAAAGGCAUUGGAGCUCUUGAACUCCGAGUUGUUCGGAAAGGAACAUUCAAAAUCGUUCUUGAGCAUUGUGUUCGAUUAGGCACGUCGGUGAGUCAAUUCAAGACACCUAGGUGUAUUGGUCCUGCAAACAAUGAAGUGUUGCAAAUAUUGUUGGCAAAUGUUGUCAAGAACUAUUUUAGUUUUGCAUACAUUUAAAUUGAGUUAGGGAAUAAUAAAUAAAUCAAGCAAUAAAAUAAAUAGUUUAAAGAGUAUGCACUAAUAUGUAGAAAUAUUGUACUUAGUCAUCUAAUCAGAUUUUGUCACAAAAAUGUUUGGUGAGGUAUGUUAAGAAAAUAAUAUAUAUAGAAUAGUAAUGUCAUAGUGAAAUCUGAUUGAAUAACUUUGUAAUACAAUUUUACUAUAUUAAUGCAUAAUCUUUAAACUCUUCA